AAACUAAACUAAAGUAUGAUAUCUGCGCUUCUCCUCAACUCUCCAACCAUACUUGUACCAUUCAAUCCGUCCAAAAUCUCCCCCACCCCCUCUUCUCUCGAUCUUCUUUCCCUCCACUCCCAUGUUCGGAUACUUGUUGCCUGUAACCUGUAAUCUAGUCCACGUAAAUACACCCGCUAACAAAACCUCUCGGUGUUAGCCUCAGUUAAGAACCGUUGUCAACACUGGCGAUACUGUCAGUUCAAUGAUGACAGGCUUAGCAAAACCUCCCUAUCCUCGCUGCAAUACGCCCCCCAUCAGACCCACGUCACUAUUCUAUCUAUCGGCCGCACCCUCAGUCCUAACGUGAGUUGGAGCAAUUCUCAUGCCAGAAUUAUUCUUGUAUUUCCUGUGAGGUGUGAGGGCAAGAACGGUAAGGACUCCAGAAUCCCCGGCCGUCCUAUAUCCCACCUUCAUCCCUCAGUACUUGUACCGUACUUGUAUGUUACUCGUACAGCACUCGUUCGAUUCCUUCUCCCCUGUCCAUGAGGCAUCGGCGCCCUUUGCAAGAUCCAGCCUUACAUUACCGGUACUGGUACGUAUUCCGCUGGAUAUGGGAGACCCGGGUGUGCAUGUCGCUCAAGUAAGGUGCGGCUUGGGACCCCUGCUGGCAAUUGGUGUAACAGCAACUGGUGUGGUGGUCGGCUGGGAAUUUAGUAUAUCUACGGGAUGCACCAAAACUUCCCCCCUCAUCUUUCUUUGCGGGAUCAUCGUUUUUCCAUGGCUCCUUCAUCCUCAAUCCCAAUGAUUCCUCCCUCCUGCAAGAAUCUCCCUCCUCAACUAGCCCCGACUCAGGCUGGAUUGCCAAUCGCUAGCCAACAGAGCAAAACCGCCAAAGCUCAGGCCCCGAGCUUCCAAGGAUGGGAGAAAUAUCCCCUUAUGUUAACGGAUCACAAUACCCUAGGUCGGGAUGGGAGCGUGUUCUUGGAGAACUUGCGCAACGACUCUGAGCGGCUGUUUUAUGGCCCUGAGCGUGCUUCGUUGGGGGUACUGGACGUCCUCGAAGCCCCCGAUCCUAAUUGUAUGCCACGGGUUACUUUUUCCAGACCUUUGUAUCUGGCUAACCGAGAAUUCCGGGAGCAGCACCCUUAAUCCAGCGAGAAGCCACGAGUGAUUUAUUCGAGGAGAUUUUAACGGUAAGUCAACCCAUCAAGUUCCAGCGCCCCUCGCUAACCACCCCCUACAGGACGAUAGAAGAUUCCAUUUCAGAUGCUUGUAGGUCCUCCAGGCAGAAAGAAGGAUCAGUCCCAAAAAUUGAGUGUGUUUGCGUGGAAAUUGACGCUCACCAGCACAAUCACACCGAGUUUCUCAUGGGCCAAGCUACCGAUAACAGAAGAAAUGCUACAAAAGCUCUUGACAUUCUAUAAGGUUUCCCCGGACUUCCUACGCCUAGUUCAUAUUUUCGGGCGCCGGCGCCGGGAGUGGAUACCAUCCUCGGAUGUGUUCCGACGCCUGCUCAAGGCAAAGGGGACACACCCCAACGCUUACAUCUCCGGUAUUCUCUCCUCCAAGCCAGCACAGGAGUCUCCCGCACUAACACCCCCACCAUCAGAGAUCUGCAUCCGAAUGGCUCAUGUUGAAAAACACGGCAGACCGGACACCGAUGAGCUGGGCCGUGACCCCUGGUCGGUCCGCCAGUUUGGUUGCUACCAAAGAUUUGACUACGAAGAUGACUCGUCCGUCUGUAUUCACAUCAUGCCCCCGGAGAGUGUGAAAUCCCGCCUCGCCGAAGCCCUAACCAGAGGGAGAUUUAGCCAAGAAUCGGAGCACCUAAGCCCUGUAUCGCUACCUCUUGGCUUCGUCACGACCGCAAUGCAAAAUUGGCGAUCCUACGUUGGUGACUUGGAGUCUGAGCUCAUAGACUGCGUUAGUUCUCACAACGUUCGCAAGCCCAAAACUCUGCACGAGCACUAACAAUCUUCAAACAGGGAAAAUGUGUCUACUUGACCGACGAGGAAUGGGAGAAGUGCAGGACUGGCAAGGCGGACCUUAAAACACGCUAUUCGCACCUUCGGAAGCUCCAGCGACAAUUUCGUGACAAACUCCUGAACACCAUAUCAAACUUCAGUUUGAACAUCAAUGUGUUGGAGGGGCUGCAAGCGCAUGUAAUUGGAUUACAAUCCGUCGGGCUGCUUAGUGAUGCAGCUUACAAGGAUGCAUCCGACAUACUCGAGCAUAAUACUUCCGUAUUACGAGAUCUCCUAAGGGAUACAGAACGGAUGCUCGAAAAGACUAGUAACGCAGUUCAGCUUGUGAGUUGAUGCUCUCCUUCCGCCUCGCAAAAUUAAGACUGACGCGCCCAAGAUCCAAGCACAAUUUGAAAUUAGGAAUGAUACUCUCAUCCAUAACCACACAAUGGCGGUCGGAGACCUCGUCAAUACGGCACAGACUCAGAGAACCGCCACCGGAACCCUAGUCGACAUAGCAAGGACUCAGAGAUGUGCCACCGGAACCCUAGUUGCCAUGGCAGAGGGUAACCAGAAAGACACCCAAACCAUGGUAGCAUUCGCUGAUCUCACAAAACGUGACUCGAGGACAAUGAGAGUGGCAACCAUGCUUGCCACUCUCUACCUCCCCGGGACAUUCGUCGCUGCAAGUGCUCCAGUUCCCCGAGACUUCCACAGCACAUACUGACCCACCCCCUCAGACCAUGUUUGGAAUGAAUGUCUUCCACUCGGACAUCGAAUUUGUGCACGAAAAAAAGGUCUAUACGUUCACUGUUGCGGCACAGGCCUGGAUAUUCGGCGUGACAGUCGUGGCACUUACGGCAGUAACUGUAACCUCUUUUUGGUUAUGGGAGCGGCGGCUACGACGGAAGGAUGAGGGUCGGAGGAUACCACCGAAAGACAAGGGGCAGGGCCGUGGCGGGGGUGCAGGGGCCGUGGGGUUGGGGUUCUGGCGGAAGUACAUGAACCGGAAGAUACGGCCGAAGGACGAGGAGAAGGGCUCCGGCGGGGGGCUCUGGCAGAAGGACGAGGAGAAGGGCUCCGGCGGGGGGUUCUGGCAGAAGGACGAGGCUAAGGUGGUGCCGUAGGGAGCGGUCGGGUAAAAAGAAACAGGAUCUCCUGUUAUCCGAUAGCUUGUAAUGGGCCACUCCAAGAAGGGCUCUAAUCAAAAUGGGACGCCUGCGAAGCGCACCAAACCAUUUUGCCUACCAUCAUAUUUAUACCAUUUGGACCUGUUGGUUGAUACCUAAGACCUAAACCCUAGUUAAUAGCUAUCCGGGCAACUCAGUGAGCAAAGCUAGGUAUGCACUGAAAGUGGCCCACUCUCCAGAGAGAUUGCGGUUUUCGAUACCACGACAUCUGAGGGUAAGGUUCUAGAAACAAUAUUCACCGUAUUGUAGUAAUUUUCCUCACGCUUAUGCAUGGACACCCCUGGUCUCCGGAAUGCUGAAAGUGGGUCACUUUUGCAACAGACUAUCGGAUAACUGUACCAAGGUUCCCACCACUUCAAAUGAUGCUAAGUAAUCUUCAAACUAGGUAGCAUUCUCCUGGAGUGCCACAUAGCUCAAUGGUAGUCACAGUUCAACAAUAGAAUCAUUAGAAAACCCUU